UGUCUUUUCAAAGUAAACGAUUGUCUAAACCAGGAGUGAUUUUCUAAUAAACCAUAGGCGCAGCCCACAACCACUCAAGAGACCGUAACUCUGGAUACAGCAACACUCAAAACCCAAACAAAACAUGACCUAAACUGUGCUGCAACACUAACCACUGCAGCCUUGUGUCUGAAAUAAGCUGCACUUUAUAUUAAGCCAUGUUCAGCCUAUUUAUUUAGGACAUUUUUGAACAUUGCUGAAAUGUUGCUUUCUCAUGCAUAAAGAGGCAUGUGGCGACACCCCUCUGAAAACUUCACCGUCUCCAACAUUAGAUAUUUUUCCAAGCACAAAGGCGAGGUAAACUGCUGCGUGUUCUCGCCUGACUGUCAGAUUCUGCUCACGUGCUGUGAUGAUGGUAAACUUUACCUGUGGGAGGCCACGAGCGCCAAACUCCUGGCCACAGUCAGCGGACACACAGGGCCAGUGAAAUCGUGUGCUUUCUCUGCGGAUGGUCAGCUGUUUGUGAGUGGAUCUUAUGACUGUACCGUCAGAAUCUGGCGCAGUGCAAGCACAGAAUUCGUGUACAUACUGUCAGCUCACACCCGGAGUGUUGAGACAGUGAGCUUCAGUCCUGAUGGUCAGUGGCUGGUGUCGGGUGGAUGGGACAACAGAGCGCUAAUCUGGAGCGUUCAGUCCAGUGAGAUGGCUCAGGAAUUGUUGGGUCAUACUGCAGCUGUCCAGAGCAGCACAUUCUCAUCAGAUUCGCAGUUGGUGGCUACAGGUUCCUGGGAUUGGUCAGUAAGAGUGUGGACACGCCAGGAUGGAAAAGAGGUUGCGAUUUUACAGGGACACCUGGGGAAUGUGGCCUGUCUAUGUUUUUCUGUUAAUGGGAUGCUGGCAUCAGGCUCAUGGGAUGGUACUGUUCGUGUAUGGUUGCCAAGACAACACAUGUGUCUGUUCCUGUUGAGAGGGUUUGAGCGUGUUUGGGUCAAGAGUCUGGCCUUCUCCAGAGACGGACUGGUUUUAGCAUCCACCGCAGAGGGAGAUAUGGUGAGGAUCUGGGAUAUGGAAACUGGAACAUGUCUGAAGUGUUUGCAGGGUCAUAAGGACUCUGCAUAUGGGUGUGUGUUCACUCCAGGUGGGCAGCUUCUCACCAGCGGCUCGGACCAGUUAGAUGUUGGAGAGGAAGAUAAAACGGAUCAGAGGAAAUAGAGAUGAGUUCAAAUAGUUGACCCAAAAAUGAAGAUCCUCAUCAUUUACUCACCCUCCUGCCAUCACAUAAGUGUAUGACUUUCUUUCUUCUACAGAAAACAAAUGAACAUUUUUAGAAGAAUAUUUCAGCUCUGUAGGUCCUCUCAAUACAAGUGAAUUAUGGCCAGAACUUUGAAGCUUAAAAAAAGCACAUAAAGGCAGCAUACAAGUAAUCCAUAAGACUCCAGUGGUUAAAUCUAUAUAUUCAGAAGCGAUAUGACAUGUGUGGGUGAGAAUACCAUUUAAUAUUCAAGUCCUUUAACAAAUGUCCACUUCCUUUUUUGGUGACUCACAUUCCUUGUGGAGGAUCAUUUAUUGUGUUAAAAAAAAAAAAAAAAAAAAGGCUUAAAUGUUGACCUGUUUCUCAUCCACACCUAUCAUACAUAUCACUUCAGAAGACAUGGAUUUAACAACUGGAGUCUUAUGGGUUAAUUUUAUGGCGCCUUUAUUAGGUCUCCAAAGUUCUGGUCACCAUUCACUUGCAUUGAAUAAACACAGCUGAAAUAUUCUUUUAAAAAUCAUCAUUUGUGUUCUGCAGAAGACGGUCAUACACAUCUGGGGUGGCAUAAGGGUGAGUAAAGGAUGAGAAUUUUCAUUUUUUUUGGGUGAACUAUUCCUUUAAAUAGAGAAUCAUGACCACUUACAUCAGCCGGGGUGACCACAAGAAAGUCCAGUCCACUGAACGGUGUCUAAUGGAAAUGGCAUCCGGUUUCAAUUUGAAAUUAAAUGAUUAUGCAACUGAUCUAUACAGCACAGACUCAAUAAAAAGGAGCUCCACAAAACUGUUGUUAAGACCAAUUGC